CCUUCUAUCAUACCACGACAAACUCUAUCUUGAGCGGAAAUAAAAAAACUCUAUCUUGAGCGGAAAUAAAAAAAACUCUAUCUUGAGGGGAAAUAAAACAAACUCUAUCUUGAGCGGAAAGAAAACAAAAUGUUAUCGAGGGCAAAACUCCUCGCGCCCAAGUUGGCACUUGCCACCCGUCGGGUGGCUACGACUACCGCACCAAAGAGUAAAGUCGGCGGAGACAUUUCUUCAGUCUUUCCCUCACUCUCAGGGAUCGCACCGCCCCCGUUACCGGAUAGGUAUGCUGACCUUAAAAGGCGGUUUAUAUCUGGACGGGAGAGGAUCCUGUCAGAGUCCUGGGAGAGGUUAUUGCUUGACCUUGAGAAGGAGACGGCGGCGGUGAAGAAGUUUGGGAGUGAUAUUAUCCCAAAAGUCGAUUUCAAAGAACUUGCUAGUCUCUCCAAAGAGAAGAUAGAGGAGAUUAAGAAACGAGGUGUGGUCGUUAUUAAGAAUGUCCUGCAGGACCAGCAAGCUCUGGCCAUGAAGGACUCUUUAAAAGAGCACAUCAAGCGCAACCCCUGGGCAGCAGCUUUCCCCGCUAACUCACCGGCGGUCUACGAGCUAUACUGGUCUCCAGCCCAGCGCGCCGCGAGAUCCCAUCCAUCACUCGUGGCCUCCCAGCGUUUUGUAAACUCUCUCUGGCAUUCUUCUCUCCCGUCAUCGGUGGUGGACACCUCCGUGUGUCUGCCUUACGCUGACCGCUUUCGUAUUCGCCAGCCUGGUGAUGCAGGCUUUGCUCUUGGGGCGCACAUAGACGGAGGUAGUGUGGAGCGCUGGGAAGAUCCAGAGUAUUGUCGCUGCUAUGAGAAGAUCUGGACUGGGCAAUGGGAGGAGUAUGAUGCGUAUAAAGCGGAUCACAGGGUCCAUGCAAAGAUGGAUAUGUACGACGGAGCGGGCAGUUGUGGAGUCUGGAGGAGUUGGCAGGGCUGGCUCUCCUUAUCAACUACAUCCCCCGGCGAGGGCACCCUCCUGGUAAACCCUCUGCUAAAACACUCAACAGCAUACACAAUCCUGCGUCCAUUCUUUACCCUCUCCAAUCCCCCAACUCUGAGCACAACUCCCCACUUCCCAAACUCUGUCCAGGGUGCGUGUCAGGAAUACAGCAAUUCAACACAUCCCCACCUCCGCCUCGACGACGCAAUGACGCACGUGCCCCGCAUCUCGCCGGGCGACUACGUCUUCUGGCACUGUGAUACCAUUCACGCCGUGGAUCGCGUGCAUCAGGGGGCAAGUGAUAGCUCUGUGCUGUACAUUCCGGCUGUGCCGUGGACAGUGGAGAAUCAAGCUUAUGUCGAGCGGCAGAGAGAAGCCGAGAGGAGGGGGGUGUCACCAGAGGAUUUCCCGGUGGGGCUUGGAGUGGAGGUUUGAGGGUGAUGUUGGUGAUAUUUUCUUCUUCCUUGUCUCUCACUCGCUCGCAAGAGAGCGGGUCAUAGGUGGCAGGAUGUUUCAAUUAUAGUACUCUAGUACUCCGUUCAAGCACCAUUUCGUCAAAAUCAUACCCUCCCUUUCUUUCCUUUUUUCUUUCAUGUUUGCCGGUUCAGUUAUUCCAUUUUAAUACUUUUCUUUAAAUGUGUACUAGCACAUUCUUGCUAACCUUGUGCUGCACUGUACUUACCCUUCU